AUGGCCAACACCGACGCUCCCAUUGUCCUCGAUGGCGGCACCGGCUUCCUCAAAGUCGGCUACGCCGCCCAGAACUUUCCCGAAUUCCAAUACCCCUCCAUAGUCGGCCGCCCGAUCCUCCGCGCCGAAGAAGCCAAGUCGCUCUCGGACUCACCCGACGUGGUGAUCAAAGACAUCAUGUGCGGCGACGAGGCCGCGGCCGCCCGCACCAUGCUCCAGAUCAGCUACCCGAUGGAGAACGGCAUUGUCAAGAAGUGGGACGACAUGCAGCACCUAUGGGACUACACAUUCUUUGAGAAGAUGAAGGUCGACCCGAGGGGACGCAAGAUCCUGUUGACGGAGCCGCCCCUCAACCCCCUCAAGAACAGGGAGCAGAUGACCGAGGUCAUGUUUGAGCGCUAUGGGUUCGGUGGCGUCUAUGUCGCUAUUCAAGCCGUGUUGGCGUUGUAUGCUCAGGGUCUCUCCUCGGGUGUGGUAGUCGACUCCGGCGACGGUGUCACGCACAUCGUGCCCGUCUACGAAUCCACCGUCCUCAACCACCUUACCCGCCGCCUCGACGUUGCCGGCCGCGACGUCACCCGCAACCUGAUCGCCCUUCUCCUCCGCCGCGGCUAUGCCCUCAACAGAACCGCCGACUUCGAGACGGUCCGCCAGAUCAAGGAAAAGCUCUGCUACGUCUCGUACGACCUUGAGCUCGACAAGCGCCUGUCCGAAGACACCACCGUCCUCGUCGAGAGCUAUACCCUCCCCGACGGCCGCGUCAUCCGUGUCGGCUCCGAGCGCUUCGAGGCCCCCGAGUGCUUGUUCCAGCCGCACCUGGUGGACUGCGACCAGCCCGGCAUCGCCGAGUUUCUGUUUAAUACCAUCCAAGCCGCCGACGUCGACGUGCGCUCCUCGCUAUUCAAAGCCAUUGUCCUGUCGGGUGGCAGCAGCAUGUACCCCGGUCUUCCAAGCAGAUUGGAGAAGGAGCUGAAGCAGCUGUGGUUGACGCGCGUGUUGGGAGGUAACCCCGAGAGGCUGAGCAAGUUCAAGGUCAGGAUCGAGGACCCGCCCAGAAGAAGGCAUAUGGUCUUUUUGGGCGGUGCGGUGCUGGCGAAUAUCAUGGCGGACAAGGAGAGUAUGUGGAUUACGAAGCAGGAGUGGGAGGAACAGGGCGCGAGGGUGUUGGAGAAGUUGGGUCCCAGGUAA